AUGUUUAGCAGAGCGAUUGAGAGUGGAUAUCUGAAACCCGACCGGUCAAUGUGUGACGGAGUGUUGGAGCUGACGGGAUGCAGGCGGCUGCUGGCGAUGGACUGGAACAACAGGGAGAAGCUCGCAGGCUGGGUGAUGGUCCAGUCCAAGGAGCUCGACUACGACAACGACGGCUGCGACGUCGACCCUGCCGACGCCAAACAGAUAACGCUGGAGCAAUGUCUAAGCAUCUUCACGGAACCGGAGAAGCUGAGUCCAGAGGAAGCGUGGUUCUGCCCGCGGUGCAAGGCCCACCGCGAGGCUACGAAGCAGAUGUCUCUGUGGCGUCUGCCUACGAUCCUCAUUGUCCAGCUGAAGCGAUUCUCCUUCAAGAACCUCAUCUGGCGAGACAAGAUAGACAAGAUGGUCGUCUAUCCAAUCAGAGGGCUGGACCUGAGUCCAUACUGGUGUACCCGACUGCAGCCCGGCGACCCGGUGCCCAUCUAUGAUCUGUAUGCUGUUGUCAAUCACCAUGGCAACAUCCUAGGUGGCCACUACACGACGUAUAGCCGCUUGCCCGACUUACUGGACAGUCGUAAGAGUAGUCUGGAUGGCGCUCUCUUCCGACGACAGCCACGUCGUACGAUGUUAGAGAGGAACGCUUGCGCCAAGUCUGCCUACCUCCUGCUUCUACCACGCAGACGCAAGGCAGCCACCACCCCGCCCUUCCCGGCCCCUCCCCCCGGGCGCCGGCGACAUUUCCCGCCGCUCACUCGCGCCACCUCUCGCCAUGACGAUGAUGACGACGAUGACGCCGUUCGCCGUCGAAACAGACGAGAACCGCCGAAAGAACUCGGCCGUCGAGUCGCACGUGGCGCCAUCUGUGGAGUCGGACUCGCCGUUGGAAGACUCGGAGAAGGACCUGUCUACACAGACAUGGAUUACCGUCGACUGACAUCGCGUUGCCUGCAGCCCCUGUGCAUGCAGCGCCCCUAG